UAUUGAGCCACAAUCUUGCAAAUUUUUAUUUCAGAUUUUUUUUUAUUGUAAAUAAAAUCAGUUUGUAUUGUUGUAUAAUUUGGUUCGGUUAUCUGAGAAUAUUCUUGUUGUGUUUGAAUCAACGCUAAUAAAAAGAACCACAAACACACAAAGAAAGUGAAACUAAUAUCGUUAGUUGUAGACCAAUAUAUAUUAUAUUAUAAUUUAUGAAUGGAAAGUCAUUUAAAUCUGGCCCAUCGAUCUCAUCGUAAAGCUGAAUAUUAUAGCCGUUGUCAUCAAUUUAGUAAAGCAAUAUUUCAUUACACCAAAGCAAUUCAAUAUUUAGAAUAUUCGAUUCAAACUACUCGCUGUGAUAAUAUCCGUUCAUCAUUAACCGUACAACGGUCAUAUUGUUUCAAUCAAAUUGAUCAUCUUGAACGACGUCUACAAUCUCGUUUGACAAAUAAAUUAACAAAUCGAAAAGAAAAUCUACAAACAGUUCUUUCGAAUCCGAAUUCAUCCAGUUCAUCAUCAUCAUUGGAUCAAUAUUCAAAUCGACAUCGCUCAAAAAAUAGGGGCGACGAAACAGCAACAAUGGCCAAUCGAAUUACAUCCGAAUCGGAUGAUAUGGAUCUAUGCAAUAUGCUUAAACGACAAGAAUCUUUAUUGGAACAAUUGUCGUUUACACUCAAAAAUCAUAAUCAAUCGAGCCAAAAAUCAACUCCAUCAUCAUCACCUGGUUCUGGUUGUAGUUUCAAUUCAGUAAAAAUCGAUGGUCAAACACCACCCAUUUCGAUUGUGAAUGAAUUACAAACGAUGAAUGAAAAAAUGAAAUCCAUCUAUCUAAACAUGGUUGAAACAAUCGAAAAAUCAAAACAGGAAACAAAAACAUUGCAAAAAGAAAAUCAAUCCUUGAGAAAAGAAUUGAAUAGCAUUAAAAAUGAUCCGAAUAAAUCGAAAAAUGUCAGUAAUAACCGAACAUCGACGAUAUCAUCGUUUCCAGAAUUGCCACCAUUGGAGCCACCUACAUUGCUCUAUUAAUACCCAAUCCUUAACCUUGACCAGUCUCUUUAUUAUCAUCAGGAAAAUUCAUACCAAAAAAAUAUUGAUACCAAUAAAAUAAUAAUAA